CAGACUUUACCGUGUCUCUUUUUGUCCCUAUGUCCUCUUCUCCUCCACCAGACGAACUGUGCCAUGCAAGAGUCCACGUUGGUCUCCGUCCACAGCGCUAAGGAGUACGCUUUCCUCCAACAACUCACUAUUAAUAAUGGAGAUCAAAGCGCUUGGCUGGGUGGUUUCUACCUACAGGAUCAGUGGUUAUGGAUCGAUGGAUCCUGGUUCUACAACAACAGCUGGAGCAGCGAAUUCCAGGACAGCAGCAACCCCUGUCUAAUGGUCAACUCUUAUGAGGCAUGGAGCAAUUCCCCAUGCAACGCUGGCAGCUAUUCCUCCAUCUGUGUGAGGAACUCCGUUUCACAAUCCAUGGUGUGUCCUGAAGGCUGGAUAGGGUUCCAGGGCCGUUGUUACUACCACAACUCCAAUUCUCUGACCUGGCAUGAUGCUGAUGCUUACUGUGCUGGUCUCGAGGCCAGCCUGGUCUCCGUCCACAGCCCUGAGGAGUAUUUCUUCCUCUAUCAGCAGACCACUGCUAAUGGAUUCUCUGCAGCCUGGCUGGGUGGAUUCUACCUGGCGGACCAGUGGAUGUGGCUCGAUGCUUCCUGGUUUUAUCUGGGAUUUUUUACUGCGCUGUCUCCAGACAGUACCUACCCAUGCCUUGUCACAUACAACACUGAUGGUUGGAGCAAUUACGACUGUGAUCAAAGCCUUCCUUCGUUUUGUGUGAGGAAUGUGGUUGUGUGAAGGAUGCAAAAUAACACAGGACAGUCUAUUUCAGCCAAGUACACAUUUAACCCAAAUGUGUGUGAAAAGUAUCUGUCUUAGGAACGUUUCCAAAUUAAAG